AUGUGGCUCUCCCUCAUUGUUACGGGAUUCAGAAAUGUUUACAAAGUGCAGAUUAGACACCACGGGAUGCCGACUAGUAUUGCAGCACGAAGAUUAGACCGUAGGCAUGGCCAAGGCGACAUUGAGUUCUGGACCGAGAUCUCCGUGCUUUCUAGUCUCAGUAAUGAUUACAUAGUUGAAUUGAUCGGGUACGUUGAUGAGCAGGAUGAGAAGAUUAUCAUAAACCGAGAUUGUGCCAAAGGAAGUGUAUUGAUGUAUCUAAGUGACCCAACCCUUACAUGGAGAGACAGAUUGCGUAUAUCUACUGGUCUUGGAUGCGCAAUAAAUUACAUCCAUCAUGAGUUGAAACAAGGAUAUCAUAUCAUACAUCGUAACAUUAACACUUUUACUAUUUUGUUGAAUAAUAACUGGUGGCCGAAGUUAUCUGGAUUUGAGUUUUGUAUCAAACAUCCCGUAGAUCGACGAAACCAAGUUUUUUUGUGUGAUGAAGCUAUUGGCACACAAGGGUAUAUGGAUCCGGCUGAUUUGAAAUACGGGGGUGUGACUAGCAAGUCUGAUAUAUACUCUUUAGGCGUCGUUUUAUUUGAAUUGUUGUGCAGGAGGAAAGCCAAAGAUGAUCAAGAUAAUAAUCAAUUGCUAGCUUCAUUGGCCAAAUUUCAUUAUAAAAAUGGAACACUACAGGAUAUUAUCCAUCCUGAUUUGUGGAGUCAAAUGGACCAAGAAUCAUUCAAAUGCUUUUCAAAAGUAGCUUAUUCUUGCUUAAAAGAAGACCGAACACAGCGGCCAAAUAUGGAACUAGUUCUUAAUUUGGUUGGUAUUUGUGUUUUAAUUUGGAUAGAGAAAUAG